UCUCCUCGACAACGUCGCCUCGCGUCCGGCGCGCGCUAUCGAACGUGCGUGUGUACGUCCGACCGACUCUCUUUCGAGGAGUCGGUCUCUCGCAACGUCCGGAAAGUAGGGGCGAAAAGCGCCGUGCGAGCUCUCGAACCCCAGGGCGAUAGAUCGAACGCGGGUCGACGUCACCGGUGCGGCGGGGUCGAUUGGUCGAACGCGGUACGAAAUAUGGAAGACGAAAAACCGACGGAACUGACGGGAAGUACGCGUCGGCCGCGUCGUAUCGCAUUCCGUGGCUCUCUUGUCUCCAGCUAGCGUAGCGAACGCAACUGAACGCCGACCGACGCGGAUAGAAGAUGCCGGAGAACGUGCUGAACGGUGAUCACAUUGACGUGAAAGGUGCCACCUGCGAGUCGCAAGAAAACGACGAGGAGAACAACACUGAGAACGACGUGCACUUCGAUCCUAUAAUUUCGUUACCCUUGAUAGAAGUGUCAAACAAUGAGGAGGACGAGACGGAGAUGUUGAAGCUACGGGCAAAGUUGUACCGAUACGACACGUCGAGUAAUCCCGCGGAAUGGAAGGAGCGUGGCACGGGGGAGGUGAAGUUGCUGAGACACAAGACAAAGAACACCGUCAGAGUGGUGAUGCGCAGAGACAAAACUCUCAAGAUCUGUGCGAAUCAUUUUAUCACACCGUGGAUGGAGCUGAAGCCAAAUUGCGGCAGCGACAGAGCGUGGGUGUGGAGCGUACUCGCCGAUUACGCUGACGAGCAGCUCAAGCCGGAAUUACUCGCGAUACGUUUCGCGAAUGCCGACAACGCGACACUGUGGAAGGAAGCUUUUGAGAAGGCUAAGAAGAUUGUAGGAUCUGAAUGCGAGAUUUAUGCUGGCAAGGGCAAUUCGGAACAGAAGCGCGUUGAGAGCGACAGCGAGUCCAGCAGCGACGUAAGUUACAGCGAGAGUACCGAUAACGAGGACCAGACAAAAUCGGCCAAGCGGACCGAGGACUGCGACGCGAUUUCUCCGCAGAAGGAGAUUACGAAAGAGGCGACGGGGGAGACGGACGUAGUAGCGAGCGAAGAGAAAAUAAUCAACGAGCUGACAAAGUUGAAAGUGAAAAACGAAGGUGAGAAGUAAGAGAUUGUGUAUAUUCGGUGACGAGUACAUAAAACGUGACGCGGAGCUUAUCAAAAGGCACAUUCUAACAUACAUUACAUGCCAUUGUUUCAUUACUUGAUAAUCGAAUGUAAUACAUAGGCAUUUUUAGCAAUAAUGUUAUAGAGAAGCUUAUUAAAUCUUUUUUCCAAGCGUGAUGAAACUGUACGUAUCUGUAUAAACAUAUUAUCUGUGAUUUUUUUAACCUGGUAUGAAAUUCAUACGAAAUUGCAUUUGUACUGAAAGGAAUGUAUGCGAGGGAAUGUAUGUUGACUGUUUCUUUCUCAGUCGAGAAACGAAUAAAUACAACGACAAGUGUACGAACGCAAA